AUGGCCCCGAUGAGCCGCCCCGCGCCCGUGGAGGUGGCUUACAGGAACAUGCGCUUCCUCAUCACGCACAGCCCCACCAGCGGCACCCUGCACCGGUUCAUCGCCGAGCUGAAGACGCACGGCGUCACCACCAUCGUGCGAGUCUGCGAGGCCACGUACGACACCGCGCUGGUGGAGAAGGAGGGUAUUCAGGUCCUGGACUGGCCGUUCGACGAUGGGUCGUCGCCGUCCACGCAGAUCGUGGACGACUGGCUGCGUCUUGUGAACGCGAAGUUCCGCGAAGAGCCGGGCUGCUGCAUUGCCGUGCACUGCACCGCAGGGCUGGGGAGAACGCCUGUGCUGGUUGCCCUGGCACUGAUUGAAGGUGGGAUGAAAAAUGAAGAUGCGGUGCAGUUAAUACGACAAAAGCGGCGUGGGGCAUUCAACAGCAAGCAACUCCUGUAUUUGGAGAAGUACCGUUCCAAAAUGCGGCUGCGCUUCAAGCACUCCAAUGGCCAUAAGAAUAACUGCUGUGUUCAAUAA